CGUUGCACUGGUUAGGCAGGAACUAUCGUUGCCCUUGUGGCUGUGCGCUAGGCAAUAGGCGGUUAGAGGUGUUCUCUUGUUGUGGGACAGCGUCCUACUUUUCCUAAGCCGAACUUUACCGAAAAGUGCCUAUUAUCAGCAUGGUCCUUACGGGCUUGUCCCGGCGGGCGGCCGUGUCCCUAGGCCAGCUGUGGCCAGGUGCGCAGGAGCUUUCCCGCACCAUCACUACCAGCGCUGGAGCUCUGCAGCAGGCAGCACCGCCAAGCGAUCAGAUUGAGGUGUUUGUAAACGACCAGCCCGUGAAGAUUCCGAAGAACUCCUCGGUCUUGCAGGCCUGCGAUGCGGCCGGUAUCGACGUCCCUCGGUUCUGCUAUCACCAGCGCCUCUCUAUUGCUGGGAACUGUCGGAUGUGCUUGGUGGAGGUCGAGAAGGUUCCUAAGCCGGUUGCGUCCUGCGCCAUGCCGGCUGGACCGGGGAUGAAGAUUAAGACUGAGACGCCCAUGGUCAAGAAGGCUCGGGAGGGUGUCAUGGAGUUCCUCCUGAUCAACCACCCGCUGGACUGCCCCAUCUGCGAUCAGGGUGGCGAGUGCGACCUGCAGGACCAGGCCAUGAUCUACGGCAGCGACCGCAGCCGCUUCUCGGAGACGAAGCGCGCCGUGGAGGACAAGAACCUGGGCCCGCUGGUGAAGACGGUCAUGAACCGCUGCAUCCACUGCACCCGUUGCGUGCGCUUCGCCUCCCAGGUUGCGGGCACUGAGGAGCUGGGUGUGACUGGCCGCGGCCGCGACAGCGAGGUCGGCACCUACGUGGAGAAGCUGAUGACCAGCGAGCUGAGCGGCAACGUGGUGGACCUCUGCCCCGUGGGAGCGCUCACGUCGAAGCCGUACGCCUUCACGGCGCGCAGCUGGGAGCUCAAGGGCACUGAGUCCAUUGACGUGUCUGACGCCCUGGGCGCCAACAUCCGCGUGGACAGCCGCGGCACUGAGGUGAUGCGCAUCCUGCCGCGCCUCAACGAGGCGGUCAACGAGGAGUGGCUGUCCGACAAGGGGCGCUACCAGUACGACGGCCUCAAGCGCCAGCGCCUGGACCAGCCCAUGGUGAAGGGCGCCAACGGCCUGGAGACGGCUACCUGGUCGGACGCGCUGUCCGCCGCCGCCGCUGCGCUGAGCUCGGUGCCUGCCGCCCAGGUGAAGGCCAUCGCGGGCAAGCUGGCUGACGCGGAGAGCAUGGUGGCGCUGAUGGACCUGAUGCGGCGCCUUGGGGUGGGCAACCUGGUGCACGAGGGCGGCUUCGCGGAUAUGCCGUCGGACGUGCGCUCCACCUACACCGCCAACACCACUGUGGCUGGGCUGGAGCAGGCCGACAUGAUCCUGCUGAUCGGCACCAACCCGCGGUGGGAGAGCCCCGUCUUCAACGCGCGCAUCCGCAAGAUCUUCCUGGACGGCACCAAGGUGGGUCUGGUUGGCGCCCCCGUGGACCUGACCUACAAGUACGAGCACGUGGGCUCCGACCCCGCCGCUUUGGCCGCCCUGGCUGCCGGCCAGCACCCCUUCCUGGAGAGCCUGAAGAAGGCCGUCCGCCCCGCAGUGGUGGUGGGCCCCGGCGUGCUGCGCCGCGGCGACCGCGAGGCCGUUAUGAAGGCUGUGCACGACCUGUGCGCCAAGGCGGGUGUGGUGAAGGAGGGCUGGAACGGCUUCAACGUCAUCCACGACACCGCCUCGCGUGUGGCCGCCCUGGACAUGGGCUUCGCGCCCUCGGUGGCCGCGCGCGCCAGCAAGGCCCCCGCCAAGGUGGUCUACCUGCUGGGCGCUGACGACUGGGAGGAGGCGGAGGUGCCCGCGGACGCCUUUGUCAUCUACCAGGGCCACCACGGCGACCGCGGCGCCUCUCGCGCCAACGUCAUCCUGCCGGGCGCUGCCUACACGGAGAAGUCCGGGCUGUACGUCAACUUUGAGGGCCGCGUGCAGCAGACUCGCACCGCGGUGCCAGUGCUGGGCAACGCUCGUGAGGACUGGCGCAUCGUGCGCGCGCUGUCGGAGGUGGUGGGCAAGCGCCUGCCGUACGACGACCACGCCGCCGUGCGGGCUCGCCUGGCGGAGGUGGCGCCGCACUUUGCCAACAUCAACUCGGUCGAGACGCCUGUGUGGCUCAACGGCGAGUACGUCAAGGGUGUGGAGCAGCUGGCCAAGGAGGCGCCAGUGCAGGCCUCCGUCCCGCUGGCGAGCACCAUUGAGAACUUCUACAUGACGGACGCCAUCAGCCGCGCAUCCCGUACCAUGGCCAAGUGCGUGCUGGCCAAGCAGCAGACCCAGGCUAAGAGCGCGUAAGAGCGCAGAAAGCCUGGUGGAGGAGGUUGUUGUUUUGAUUGGGAAUGUCGGGCGCGGUGCAUGUGUCGGAUUGAGGCCUACGAUAGCUGCGCGGGUGGCGGCUGGUUAGACGUUAGUUGACGGGGAAAUCUACUCGUUUUGACGGUGUCCAAGAGGAGCGAGCGUGCUUUAGGCCGGGCUUUGGCCUGUCUUGUAGGAAAGGAAGGCGCUUCUAGCCCCUUGUUGCAUGGGUGCGGGGAUCUCUAUAACAAAGCUCGGGUUAGUCCAGUCGUCGUCCUGGAGCUGGUCUCCCGUUAUUCACCCCUGGCGGAACCAGCCUUUCGGACGACAGGGGCCUUGUUACUGAUGUAGCUGGAGGAGGCCCUGCAGUUUCAGGGAAAUGGCCAUGUGAUGACAGCAGUCAGUGUUCGCAAAGGCGGCAGUCCUGGAAAGGCGGUGGGGCGGAGGUUUCAAUGCUAGAUGGUAAUGGGGUGUAGUGUACAGACAUCUCUCGUGAGUCCCUCGUGUCACGGUGUGUCGUUUGUCCCAUCUCUGGGCGCAAUGAAGGAAAUGGCGGUGAGGAAAGGUGAAGCGGAGAUCCAACUGUAACGGAGAGAGGGAACUCGCUAUGACCCAGCGGGUCACCACUUGUGAGUUCGGUCUAUUA